AUCUGCCCCCUCCUCCCGGUCACUAAAGGUUCCUUUCGGUUGUGCUGCACAGCCGACUGCUUAUGCUGCUGCCGUCGUUAGCCGAGUAUUGAGCUACCAGCUGACCUACUUUCUCGGUUCUCAGCCACUCAGUCCUGUUUACAAGCCACUGUCAGCGGAGGAUGUGGAGUACAGUGCCUGGAAAAUAGACGGACGCAGCCCACAAAGACCACGAAUGGGAAAUUUGGUCGUGUUUCGUUGAUAAAUUAGGACUGCCAAAUCCGCAGACAGCUCACCGGCGAUUAAUAACAACACGUUAUUAACUUAGGCGUUGUUAUGCAAUUUAACGCUUUCAGUGCUUUCGCCCGGUCAGUCAGUCGCUGGUAGCCGCGCUCAGCUGCUAUGCUGUAGGUUUUUUUUGUUUGCUUGUUUAAAAAAAAUGACUGCAUUGAUUAAAGUUGAGUGUGGAGCUUUAUUUCUGCCGGAGACACGUUUUCAAGGACUUGGUAUUUCUUUGGUGUGCUGGAGGCGGUGGUGGGCAGCUGGUCCACGGUAGAAUUUUCCAAAAGUGUGUUCAGACAAGGUCAGCGCGGAUGGGACAUAUAAGACUUCAGAAAGGGCCUGGUUGGGAAAGGGAGUGAGUAUGGACAACCAUUCUGACUUCGGUGGCCCCUGUCCAUCCACCCGCAGGGAAUGGGACACCAGCAGCUGCGUGGAAGAUUUAAUGGAUGAAGAUGAGAAAGACAGGGCAAAAAGGGCAUCCCGUAACAAAUCGGAAAAGAAAAGAAGAGACCAAUUCAAUGUGCUCAUCAAGGAGCUAUGCACCAUGCUGCAGGGCCAAGGCCAUCCACGUAAGAUGGACAAGUCCACCAUAUUGCAGAGAACUAUUGACUUCUUGCAGAAACAGAAAGACAUCACUGCACAGAAUGAAACCUGUGAUGUGAGACAGGACUGGAAGCCUUCGUUCCUCAGUAAUGAGGAGUUCACUCAGCUAAUGCUGGAGGCCCUAGACGGUUUCUUGGUAGCAUUAACUACAGAUGGAAACAUCAUAUACGUAUCUGACAGUGUGUCUUCACUUACUGGCCAUUUACCGUCAGAUAUGGUGGACCAAAAUAUCUUGAAUUUCCUCCCGGAGCGGGAACACGGGGAGGUGUAUAAGCUGCUAUCAUCCCACAUGCUGAUGACUGACCCCAUUGCUGCUGACUUCCUUGACAGUGAGGCACAUAUUGAAUUUUGCUGUCAUCUAGCCAGAGGUAACAUCGACCCAAAAGAGCCGCCUGUGUACGAGUAUGUCAAGUUUGUUGGAGAUUUCAAGUUUCAUAACAAUGUGCCUACAUCUUCUUGUAACGGGCUUGAACUGACGUUACCAAGAAGCCUGCAGUCAACGCUGGAGGAGCAGGUCUGCCUCAUUGCUACUGUACGAUUAGUCACUCCACAGUUUCUCAAGGAUUUGUGUAAUGUGGAAGAUCCUUGUGAUGAAUUCACAUCCAGACACAGCCUUGAAUGGAAGUUCCUGUUUUUAGAUCACAGAGCUUCACCGAUCAUAGGCUAUUUACCCUUUGAGGUUCUUGGAACUUCUGGCUAUGAUUACUAUCAUGUGGACGACUUGGAGCUUAUAGCUCAGUGUCACAAGCAGUUAAUGCAGUUUGGUAAGGGUAAAUCCUGUUACUAUCGCUUCCUGACCAAAGGUCAGCAGUGGAUUUGGUUGCAGACUCACUACUACAUCACGUACCACCAGUGGAACUCCAAACCAGAGUUCAUUGUCUGCACUCACACUGUUGUCAGUUAUGCUGAAGUGCGAGCUGAAAGGAGGAGAGCAUUUGGCCUUGAAGAGCUGUCUCCACCUGAGAUAGCACCCUCCUCUGUGAAGGCUCAGGAGCUGUACUUGGACAUCUGCUCCACACUGGACCCUACACGGGACAGAAACAGUGGCGCACGUUCGGUAUCCUCCCACAGCUCCCGGAAGUCCUCCCACACAGCACUGUCAGACUCUGCAUCGGCUAACUCCUACACAGAGGCCUGCACACCGUCAUGGCAGUCUGCUUCCAUUGGGACGGAGAAGACGUCUGCCAGACUCCAGCCGAGUAGUUCAAAGAAUUUGGCACAAAGACAAAAUUCCUUUGACCUCGUUCCCCAAAUGAGCAUCCCCCUUUCUCCUACCUGCAGCAAGCACUCCGCAAUGCAACAGCAAACACAGCAGCAGCAGCAGCAGCAACAGCAGCAGCAGCAGCAGCAGCAGCAGCAACAGCAGCAGCAGCAGUCGUCGCCCAUGUAUCCGCUGCAGCAGCCCCAGUUCGGUGUAAUGAACCAGCUGAAGGAACAGCUGGAGGAGAGGACGCGCAUUCUGCAGGCUGACAUUAAGACACAGCAACAGGAGCUGCACGACAUUAAGGAGAAACUUCACCUGGCUAACCUCCAGAUGUUGUUACAGCAGCCUAUCCACAGUGAUUUUGGCCAGGCUCAGCAGCAGCCUCAGCAGCAGGGCCCGGGCAGGCCGGCCCAGCAGAGCCAGUCGGGGGUGAUCAGGCAGCUUACGGGCCACCCUAAACCACCAGCCUGCGGGGCCCACAGUUCAUCCCCUCACCCACUUCUGAGAGAGAACAGCUCACCCUCAACGCAGGUUCAGCAGAGGAUUGCACGGAGCGGGCAGGCACAGUUGGUGAGUUUGCCCGUGCAGACGAACACGAGUCUGACGAUGCCCUUCUACAGCAACCCCAUGAUGUUCUCUCAGACCAACACGAGGCCUCUGCAGGACGCAAACCAAAGACACACAGACAACGAGUUCAGCCAAGAUGGACAACUACGAAUGCUUCUCAACCAGCCGAUGCAGACGCUGGUUCCCACUAGCAGUGUCACCUCGCAGCCUUCCCAGUGCAACAUGGGCAUCUCCCAAACCAUAUACACCUUGGAGCAGCAGAUCAUGGCCCCCUCAUUCUCCAUGCAACAGGUCAACUGCAACGCUGUCCUCGUGCCCUCUCCGGUCUUCACGUCCCCCAUUAUGUUCCCACACAACAGUUUCAUCUCAAACCAGUCCCAAUCAGCCUACCACACUCAGCCUCAGGCCUCUCAGCACUCCCUGCAGCUACAGCAGCCCCAGCAGUUCUUUCAGAUGACUCAAGGACUUGUUCACGGUGGGUCUACUCCAGCAUUCUUACACACCACUAAUGUCCCACAGCAAGGCACUGUGGGAUACAUCCAGCAGCAGCAGCAGCAGCAGCAGCAGCAGCCGCAACCGCAGCAACUGCCACAAGCACAACAGCAACAGCAACAAAGGCAAUACCAACAUUCCCAAAACCAGACUGGCAGUGUAUCAGACUUCCGAAAUAUGUUGACUCGGUAGCGCUGUGGACUUUGCUAAAGCGCUGAGAUCACUCUCUGUGUUGUCGCCGUGUAGGCGGUAGCACGCUGUGGCAUUUGGAAGUCCAACUUGACGUCAAGUUCUGCAGCGGAAACGCUUGAAAGCGGAAAAAUCGCUUUAGUGACCUGACCUUUGAUGUGAAGCUGCCCGUUCAGAAGAAGCCGGUCCAUACGUAAGCGGAGUGAAAAACCACAAGCAGAGGCUGCACUGACCUGACGUCACCUGCAUCAGGAUCUGAGGAGAGUCUGAGGGGCCAGGGCCCUACAUCGCCGGCCCACAUCACACCCAGCGGUCAAUCAGUGACGCUGCUGGAACAGGUGGAUUAUCAGAGCUCUCGAGAAGACACCACUCUCACAUGUUUACAUGUGGAUGCUUUCAUCUAACACAGAGAGUUUCAUUCUAAGUGUCUGUUUGCACUUUGGUACCAAUCCUCUCCUACUCCCCAAGAGUAGAAUAUUUAUUUUUGCCCAUGAAUUAAUAUUCUGUUUUCCUCACUAAUAAUGGCUUAACAGUGAGAUUAGUUUUCAAACCUAUAGCUUGACAAUCCUCCUUAGUGACACAAUAUCAUCACCCCUGGUCAGAUUUUUAGCUCCAAUGAGAAUUCUUCAUCUCAUAAAGGGACGUGUGAACAUAGGACCUCAACAUCAGAGUGUAUUUCAGUUGGCAGAUGUCAGACGUUCUCUCCCAUUUUGUCCCAAAUACAAUGAUUUACUUGCAGGUAUGUUCAUGACAAGUCACUUGAGAGGGGCUGUAUUGUUGUGGCACAUGCAGUGGUUAGAUGACUAUCAUAUCUAAAAUCAGGUUUGGUUAAGAAUUCAAAUGUAACGUGCCACGCUGGGAAACCAGGGUGGGAUAUUCUCUAAUUACUAAAAAGGUCUAUCUAGAUUUUUAAAGCCUCAAUCUGAAGACGGGGUGCCACAGUUGUCACACCACUUCUCACUGAGAAGGACAAACUAAGCUCUGAAGUCCAGAUUUUCGGUGCUUCUGGUGAGCUCUGCAGCACGAGUCUUUAGGUGAUAAACAAGUUACCUGAGGGGGAAAAAAAAAAUUUGUGCCUUUAACCGUGGUACGUCCACGGUGCGGUUUGAUGGUUUUGUCUGAUUAUGGCUUUAAAAAUCCAGCUCAGGUCUAUUUGGAAUACAAAGUUAUAUUUUCAUAGGUCAUAAUUUAUUUUCCACAUCAGAUUAAAACAAAAGACAUCUAGAUUUGUAUUGGAUAUAUUACAAAUAUAUAUUGGAUGCUUUUUGCAACCUUUACAUCAGUAAGUCCAAACUCUUUUUGACUAUUUUCUUUAAUGAUAGUACAUAAUAAGAUUCAUUUAACUAUAUACUGAAACCCUAAUGAAAUCAUUUUAUGUUUAUUUAUUACAUAUACAUUUAAAAAUCUAUGGGAUACAAAACUAGUUUUAUACACAAAAGUUCUAAUUGAUUUUAUGUGUUCAUUCAGACAUUAAAAGGUCAUCAGUGGUCUUAAUGUCUGACCCCAUCAUGGUUUAGUGCAAAAUGUUUUUACAAGAAGAGUGAACCACCUCUGAUCUGUAUGUGGCUAACUGUAGUUCUCCAUACACAACAAAGUGUAAGCAUGGUGAUUUGAAAAUCUGACAAACUGUGAAAGAUGAUUUGGAGGAGAUUCUGGCCGCUAUGUGGAUACAAACAGUGUUAACCCUGUUUAUUCGAGUCUGGUCAUUUGUUUUAUUUUGAACAUCUGAGAAAUCACACAAUUUACGCUCCAAUCAUGAGCAGCAGGGCUGAUGAAUGUGAUCUCAUUGAGGAACAUUUACUUGAUAUUCCAUUUACCUUGAAAUCACAGUUACCUCCAUUGUGCUAUGUUGUGAAAAAUGAUACAGCUGCAGUUAUAACAAAUACACCAAAUUUUUCCAAGUAUCAAACGUGGUUCAUUCAUUUAUCUGGAGGUGAUUUACAGAGUCAGUCCUGUCAGCAUGUCAAGACGUCACAACACCCUGUUCUUUUCAAACUGUGCUGGUUUUAAUCAUUUAAGUGACUUUUUAAGUCUUAAAUCUUUUAAUUCCAUCAUAUUUUUGGAGAGACACAGUUUUAUGUUAGUUUGGUGAAGGAAAUCUUGUCCAACUGCUAAUCAGCUCUUGUGGCCACACUCCUAUCUCAAACAGUCAGUUUGAAUAUAAAGAUAAAAGAACUGAGACGACAGUGGUAACAGAAGGAGGUCUGGAGCGUAUUGGUGAAGCCGGAUUGGCAGUUGAACGAUGUCCAGGGAGAAAACGUGCGUCUCUCUUUUGGUGAUGACAAUCACACACUGCUUGUAACAGUAUACUGUGCAGGAACUGUCUGUGCCAGAGUCUUGACUUCGUCAUUUAAAUUCAAUAGUCUUCUGUCUUUAAACUUGUCUCUGCAUUACGUAGUUGUUCCCAGAUAGUUCAGCAGGGAAGAGGAAGAGUGUUUCCUGUUUCCACUGUGGAACUUGUGCUACACUUGCUUGAAAUCAGCCCGUAAUGCUCAGUAUGACAGUCUGGUCUCAGCCACCUCAGCCGUACACAUUCAAGUUAACUGUGUUAUGCUCCCAUUCAAGACUGGUGCUGUUCAUAUUGGAUAAGACUCAACCAUCAGAACACUUACAGCAUGUAUGUUCAGUGCCGUUUUUCACUUUUCCUAUGUGCAAUGUCAAUUUGAAAAAGAAGAAUGUUAAUUUAUACUGAUGUACGAUGUGUAUAUAGGUGUAUAUUAAGCCAUUGUACCAUGUAAAUUAUAUGGAAGUAUUUUUUUAAUGAAAACGUCCUAACAUUCCUUCAGCCGCUGAUAUAAGCAGUAUCUUUUUUAAAAGGUACAGUGUGUGUCCACUGAAGACUAUGAUCACAGUGAUUUACACAGAACUUUGCAUGGGAAUGUGCUGCAGAGCGUUAGCUUCUCCAAAACAUGAAAAUGAGUCACUGAAAUGCUGCAGGAAAGGGUCACACAUUCACCAUGAUAAUGAAAACAAAAAAGAUCAAAUGAAGAAUCUGAAUCCUCAUGUUCACGUCAAGCAGAAUUUCAGACUCUUUUCGAGUUCACAUUAGGGUGCAGCACUGCUAGCGAAAAAAACAGCUGAGUCUCUAAAAAACUGACUGAAGUUAAAAAAAAAAAUUUGGUUAAUGGGUUUCAGGUUUUUUUUUUUUUAAGAGAAAGUGCAAUUGUCAUCAUGAAAAUAUUAUUUUACAUAGGUGAGGAAGUCUCAGUCUUUCUUUAUGCAUCUUCACAUUUCACCAUGUUCAGUUUAGAUACAGUAAAGUGACUGCCCAUAAAAGACUCAGAGGUGCCAUAGAUGACUAUAUUUCUAUUUUACGUCAUUAAUGAUUUUUUUUCAACUACUGACAAAAAAAAUUUGAAGACAUUUCUGGGAAAUUCAUAAUUUAGCAGUGGUAGUGAAAUUCUCUCUUAAGGUUGUUUUCCAUACAAAGACCUUGGUCAGAUUUUAGAUCUCGGCUUGUAUACAAAAUAACUUAUCAUGUGACUUGCCUUGCAAAGGUGGUUGAGGGAAAUUCUGCUCAUUAAACUCCACUGUGAGUGAAUCAUGUAGUGAUACUUCAUGCAUUGUGCUCCAGUUGUGAGUUUAACCUAAAUUAUUUUUGCUUUGGACAAAUCAGCCAUUCUUAACCAGAAUAUUUAUGAUUUUUAGAGCUUUUUUUGUGUGUGUCUUGCUUCACAGUUAUUGUAAAUAAUCCAUCUGCUCAGUCAGCACAGUUUUUCUUUGUGGUUGAGUUAAAAUGCUCACACUGCAGCAACUGCUGCACUUUUAUUUUUCUCUUCAACUUUCAGAAUGCUUUUCUUCUUCAUGGGGUUUUUCACUGAGUGUUGAUGUUUUUGAAGGAGUGUGAUUUCAGUCACAUUUAACUUGUACUUUUUUCUGAUUUGUAAAACAAUGACUGACACUGUGAGUGUGAGGUGUGUGGUCAGAUCAAUGCUUUCUGUGUAAGAUUUGCCAGGACAUGAACAAAAAAAAAAACCCUGGUACACAGCCAUUUCUGUUGUUUCAGUGCAGAAACAAACAUUGAAUAUACUGUAUGAUAGAAUGUGUAAAAAAAAAAAAGUUUAGACUAUAUAGUUGUUUAUUUUAUACGUCUAAUAGAUAACAUAUGUAUGUUACAUGAUUUUAAAAUUAAAGUAAUUUUGUAACAGAUAAUGAAGUGUCUUAUUAGAGGAGAUGAAGCUUUUUUUGCGUUCAAGUUGGUGUUGCACAGUCACUUGUAUGGCUUGUUUUCUCUCUGUAUUUACCAUCAAAAUAAGCUUUAAAAAUAUUGUUAAUAUUGUUUUAAAAGAAAUUAACAAAUUAAGUUUACAUUCUAAAAUAUCUUGAUAUUAAUUAUACUAUAUUGAAUUAUUUAUAAAUCAACCUGGAUAUUGUGAAAUAUUUGGAAAUAAAUAUUUUUAAACAUA